UAAAGUAAAUUAAUAAAUGAAAUAAUGUUGUAAUAAGUUGUUUGUAAUUUUAAAUUAGAACACUGGGCAAAUGGUCAAAGCUGUAUAGUUCAACAGUACCUAUAAAGCUACAAUUUAGCGUUUAAUAGCGUUGAGAUAUUUAAAUCAAGGUCUAAUGACUACUAGCCGACCAUUUAUCAUUGAUCUGUUUUAGUUUUUAAUCGAUAGCUGAACGAUUAUAGUAAUACAAUUUAUAAGAGUUAUCGGAGAUUAUUUUAAACGUACGAUAAUAGUUAACAAUUAAAGUUUAUAAAAUUGAAUAAGUAAAAGCAAUGGACGGACCCUCGAGACCCAGGAAGAAGCUAAAAGCAUGCGCGCAAGUUGCGACGAAUGUUGUGGAACAGAAACACCAAGUUUCAAGAGCAAAGCGAAGCAGGGCCUUCGGCAGCAAGGCCUUUAGGGGGAGCACUGUUUGGUUCACAGGCCUCAGCGGGGCUGGGAAGACUAGCAUUGCCUUCGCGUUGGAGGCGUACCUCGUAUCAAAAGGCAUCCCAGCAUACGGUCUAGAUGGCGACAACAUCCGCACGGGCCUCAACAAGAACCUCGGUUUCAGUAAAGAGGACAGGGAAGAGAACAUCCGACGAGUGGCAGAGGUUGCCAAACUGUUCGCGGAUAGCGGCGUCGUUUGUUUGUGCAGCUUCGUGUCCCCGUUUGCGGAGGAUAGAGAGGUAGCUCGUCGCAUCCAUAUAGACUCGGAUCUGCCGUUCUUCGAGGUUUUUAUUGACACACCGCUAGAAGUGUGCGAACAGCGUGACACCAAAGGGCUGUACAAAAAGGCCCGCGAGGGACAAAUAAAGGGAUUCACAGGUAUCACCCAAGAGUAUGAGCGCCCGGAGGCUCCCGAGCUGGUUAUAGAAACAGUCGGUCGGUCUAUUGAAGAAUCCACCAUGGAGGUUAUAAAGCUGCUUGAGGAACAGGGUGUGAUUCCCCACUUCGAGAGCGUAUCUGGCGUGGAGGAACUCUUCAUCUACGGCAAUAGAUUGAGCAGUGCCAUUGAUGAAGCUGCACGGCUGCCGCAGAUUGAACUAACAAAGCUCGACUUACAAUGGGUUCAAGUAUUAUCAGAAGGUUGGGCUUACCCCUUGAAAGGAUUUAUGAGGGAAAUUGAAUAUUUACAAGCACUACAUUCCAACUGUCUAACUCUGUCCGAUGGCACUAUCGUCAACCAAUCAGUGCCUAUAGUGUUGCCAGUUAAGACGGAGGACAAGGAACGAAUGACCGGUUCCAAAGCGAUCGCUCUCGUGUAUGAGGGUAGGACUGUUGCCGUGCUGCGGUCGCCGGAAUUCUACCCGCAUAGGAAGCAGGAGAGAUGCAGUCGGCAGUUUGGCAUUUAUCACACUGGCCACCCUUACAUUAAGAUGAUCGAGGAAGCCGGCGACUGGCUGGUGGGCGGCGCGCUGGAGGUGUUGGAGCGCGUGCGCUGGGACGACGGGCUCGACGCGUUCCGCCUCACGCCCAACGAGCUGCGCCGCAAGUUCAGGGAGUUGAACGCGGACGCCGUUUUCGCUUUCCAGCUCCGCAAUCCCAUUCACAACGGGCACGCUCUGCUGAUGCAAGAUACGCAGCGGCAACUCGUCGAAAGGGGAUACAAGAAACCAGUACUCCUUUUGCAUCCUCUGGGCGGUUGGACAAAAGACGACGACGUACCGCUAGAGGUCCGUAUAAACCAGCACAAGGCGGUGCUCAACGAAGGUGUAUUGGACCCGCAGUCCACCGUGCUGGCUAUAUUCCCCUCGCCUAUGAUGUACGCGGGACCCACUGAGGUGCAAUGGCACGCCAAGUGCCGCAUGAACGCGGGCGCCAACCACUACAUAGUGGGGCGCGACCCGGCGGGGCUGCCGCACCCGGACGGCUCCGGGGACCUGUUCGACCCGCGCCACGGGGCCAUGCUGCUCGCCGUGGCGCCGGGACUCAACGACCUGGAGAUCAUUCCAUUCCGCGUGGCCGCCUACGACGCUUCAGUUGGCAAAAUGGCGUUCUUCGAUCCUACCAGAAAAGAAGAUUUCGAUUUCAUAUCUGGAACAAGGAUGAGAGGUCUUGCUCGGGCCGGCAAGGAACCGCCAAAAGGAUUCAUGGCGCCGACCGCGUGGAAAGUAUUAUCAGAAUAUUACCAGUCUUUAAAAUCCAAAAUGGAUACAAACUAAUUAAUUUAACUUAUUUAAGAACACUAUUUAAUAAUCGUUUAUUUGGCACAAAAUAAUGUUUUAAUUAAAAUUAAUUCUAUUAUAUUUUAAAUCAAAUAUUGUUGUGAAUAUCUCAAUGUGAGUGCAAUGUUUAAUGUUUUUAUUACAUUCCUGUUUUCGGUCGUUUGUGUAGUUUUACACAUUCCAGUUUUUAUUUGUCAGAAAUUAGCGAAAUCGAUUUAUAUAACUGUUAAUUUAUUCGGUUAAGAACAAUAGCUGAAGUAUUAUAUUUUAAAUGUUUAAAGGGAAGGGUCCUUGUUAAUUUUUUAAAAGAUUAUAAAUGUCUAUUUUAAACAAAGUAUAAUUAUGGUGCUUGAAAAUCAGACAGAUUUAUUUAAUAUACAAAUAAAGUGAUAUACAUAGCGUAA